AUGAGAAAGAAAAGUCAAAACAGAAUUAUGGUUUGCAUAGGACUCAAUCUUAUUUUGGCUCAUAAAGAAGUUAAAGAAAAGAUGCUGGAAGAAAUUAACCAAGUAUUUGCCGAUGAUUCAAAACGUCCAAUGACAUAUGAAGAUUAUGAAAAAAUGGAAUAUUCUCAAGCUGUUGUCAAAGAAGCUUUAAGAUAUCACACUCUAUCACCAGUAUUAUUUCGUCAGGCAACAUCAGAAAAUGCAGAAAUCGGUGGCUAUAAUUGGCCAGCUGGUACACUUGUUGCAGUAAAUAUUAAUGGAUUGCAGAAAAACCCCGAUUUUUGGGAAGAUGCUGAUCAAUUCAAACCGGAACGGUUUCUAAAAGAUGAGGCGGACAGAAUAGGCAAAUAUACUUAUACACCUUUUGGCGGUGGUAUACGUAUCUGUCCCGGUCGUUUCGUGGCAAAAAUUGCAGUAGCUUCGUUGCUUAUUAGUUUAUUGAGAAAUUAUGAUAUUGAAUAUUAUGAGAAAGAAAAUCAACUAAAAUUUAUUGAUAGUUUCAUAAAUAUUGUAACUGACUUUAAAGUUACUCUUAAACCCAAAAAUUAA